UUUCAGAUUAAGAUAAUUUAAGAGUUUCUAACAAGUUAAUGUACAAUAAAGUGUGAAAUAUCUCCGAAUUUGCAGUAAAUGGAUGACUCUUCCAUCAAAAGGUUCAAAUCGCAUAACGUAUCCUAUAGUUUUCCAGAAUCGAAAUCUGAUUCCAGGGAAACGCUUAACAGUUACAAAAAGCUCUUAAUUUCUGAUAAACGGAGCAGCUAUAGGGAUGACCAUACAGGCCUAAAUGAUACAAGGAAAAGAGCUGAAGCCCCUGAUAAAGCCCAUAGUUUAUACCUCGGGACAAAAAUCCAACCAGCAUGGGAAACAAGAACCCUGAAAAUAAAUCCAGUAACCAGUGAUGAUUUGUCUCGGUUCCUGGGAAACGAACAUCACACCCAAAGGUGGUCAAUAAUUAGUCAAAUUAUGUUCAUUUUGUUAUAUAAUUUACGUCGAUUGCCGUUUUUGUGGAGUAUAUUUAUAUUUUUAUGUGAAGUUAUUGCACCAUUUAUAUUGCCUUCUGGAGUUCCUAGAAGAGCCUGGUACUCUAGUGCAAUUCCCUUGUUCGUUUCACUGUUUAUGUCCAUUUUUGUAAACGUCCUAGAGUUUACAAAGCGGUAUAACUUGGGCCGAUUCCUUGAUAACAAAAAGUGUGUUUUGUUAAAGGACGGGAAACUGUCAAGUGUAAGAAGUGGUGAUGUGGCUGUUGGUAACAUACUGAAGCUAAGCUGUGAUGAGCAGGUGCCAGCGGAUUGCGUGGUUCUUUAUACCAGUAACCCAGAUGGCGCCUUAUACCUUGACGCAUGUUACCUUGAUGGUCAAACUGACCUUAAAACAAAGUACAGUAUAAAUGACUUUAAAAUCGAAUCUUCCAUACGCAGUUAUAAUAAUUUAAAGGGUAACAUUAUUUGCGACAAACCAUGUCCUGAUAUGAACAAGUUUUCAGGAUUACUGAAGAUAAAGGGUUACCCAAGACCUUGUAACAUAACCGUUGAUAAUUUUAUAAUGAAAGGCUCAAUUUUGAGAAACACAAGUUACGUAUAUGCAGUGGUGGUUUACACUGGCCCAGAUACUAAAGCCAGCCAGAACUUCCUGAGGAUUUUAAAGCCAAUUAAAAUCGGAUGUCUGGAGCAGACGAUAAACGGAAUCUCCAUAUUCCUGGGCCUUAUUUAUGUAGUAUGCCUUACUACUAGUAUAAUCGUGAGGUAUGUAACGGUUUUAAGAGGUGUUGGCAAAUUCAGCAAAAACGUCCAAAGCCCAGUCAAUUCACUGCUGUUUAUCAUUUUCAGAUUCACAGUAUUGUAUUCUCCCAUCAUACCAACUACACUUCCCGCAAUAAUGGACCUACUUAGACUUCUAUACUCUCCCUUUUAUAACACUUACUCCGACAGUAUAAUCAAAAAUCUGAACAAAAAAGAGCCAAAUGAGGUUACCGGAGGUACUUGGACUCUGAACAGCGGUUUAUGUGAAGAGCUUGGACUUGUGGAUUUCAUUUUCACAGAUAAAACCGGAACCCUUACCACAAACAAUUUAUCAAUAACUCUUGUCACUAUUCUUAGUAAAAGUUUUACACCAAAACAGCUGGUACAGUCAUAUCAGCCUGCAAGUUCUUCUAAUAUCUCCACUAACGGCCACACCCCAGAGAAAGUUAAUGGCAAAUCUAAUAGAGAACAUAGUGAGGAAAGUGAACACUUUAUGAGACUGUUGUGUAUAUGUAAUCCCUGUUUAAACAUGGAUUCGGAGGAUGGUUACAACUCAUACUCUUCAGGAUACAAGUCGAAUUAUUCAAGGGCUUACUCCUUUAAAUUGAGCCACUUCAAGACUAAAUCUUUCGAUAGGUUUCACUUUAAUGAUUCGGGUGAGAAUUUUGAUGAAAACCCCCAUUCCGUCAACUUGGAUGAUCAUUUUGAUGAAAAUUCUCAGGGUGUGGAUAACUCUGUGGAAAAUGAAGAGGAGGAUGAGGUCGAGAACUUGCCGAUGUAUAAAAAAACCAAGAGUAAAGCACAUUUUGGUACCGUUUCAUAUAUAAAUGACGAGAACGUAUCAAAAGAGUUGUUUGACCUGAGUAACAGAGAGAGUUUGAAGGAGGAGCGGCGGUAUUUGACGUGUAUAAGUAAGGAGGAUGAGUGUAUGGUAAAUUUAGCCAACGAUUGCGGUUACUUUGUGUCUAACAGGACAAGGGAUAGGAUAUCUGUGAACUGUAAUGGUAAGCAUGUGAACUAUGAAAUUUUGGGAGUGAACGAGUUUACAAGUAGUCGGAAAAGGAUGUCAGUUUUAGUGACAAAUAUCCAAAACAAUGAGAAUUUUCUCUACAUCAAGGGCGAGGCUUACUCAAUGUUGUCGAUUAUAAAUGAUCAAAAUACAAAACUUGCAAUAGAAAGCAGAUUGAAAAAGAAUUCAAUAUUUGGUUACAGGGUUAUAAUUUGUGGUUACAGGUCCAUGACAUCUACUGAGGUGCUAGAGUACGAGUCAUCUGUCCUAAUGCACAGGGACGGCUUGGACGAGUUAUGUUCAAGAUUUGAGAAAGACGUGAAUUACUUGGGAAUAAUAAUGUUCCGCGAUGAAAUACAGCGAAAUAUAGUGAAAACCAUAGACUUGUUAAUGGAUUCCGGUAUUAGGAUUUGGGUACUAACUGGGGAUAAUAAAGAGGCCACAAUACAAACGUGUUAUCUUACAAAGUUGCUAGUGGUCCCGACUAACAUAUUCAUUAUUCAGAUUAAGGAUUUGCUGGCUGAUUCGAUUACCCCAAAGAGAAUAAGUGACUCCCUGGGCAGUGAUACUGACACCGUGACUGACAAAAUUGACAUGCUUGUUGAUAAUAUAUAUAACAAGUAUAUCCUGGAGCGGAAUAACAGUAAUGAACAGCUAUGCCUGAUUAUAGAGUCUGAUGACUUGGAGAUUAUUAUGCAAGGUAACAAGGGCCAGCAGAUUUUCAUGAACAUGGCCUGCUCAUCAGAUGUUGUAAUCGGGUGUCUUUUAACCCCAAUUCAGAAGGGUCAGCUGGUGCAAAUGGUCAAAACUAAGCUCAUUCCAACUCCUAUAACAUUAUCCAUAGGAGAUGGGAUCAACGAUGUCCAAAUGCUCCAACAGUCACAUCUUUCAAUUUGUAUCCUAAACACCGCCUCAGAUGCUUCCAAUAAUAAAAAGAAUAACAUCCAAUUUGGAGGUCCCUCAAAUUCUUUUAACGCCAAUAACACUCGUACUGGUAAACUAAAUGUUAAACUAAAUGUUCCACUAAAUGGUCCACUGAAUGGUGUAGUUAAUGGAGUGCCUGAUAAGGAUAACACUCCUGACUCUGCUGACAAGAACGACACUGCAGAAUCCUCAGAAACUACCGCUAACAGGCACCAGGAUAAAGGUUUGGGCCUGGAAAAGAGUGUGUAUUCAGACAGUUUGGACACUAAUGAGAAGUUGGUGAUAAACAAUGACAUAAUUGGUUACUGUGACUUUUGUGUGGACAGCUUCAGUAACAUCAGGGAGCUUUUGUUUAAGCAGGGCACUAGGAUGCUGAAGUCAACUUCACUCAUUAUUUACUUUACCAUUUACAAGGGACUUGUUUUUAUACUGCCGAUUUUUUACUACCAGAUUUUUACAAACUGGGUUGGACUUGACCUCUACGGGUCACUAAUCACUAUCUUAUACCACCUCGUCUUCACAUUCAUACCUCUCAUCAUGUUCAUUCUCUUUUACCAAGACAUUUCAUACGAGAUUUACAACCACAUUUCAAUUCUAUACACCAUCAGCAGGAGAAGAAUAUAUUUGAAUAUAAAUAAUAGUUUAUAUUGGAUGUUGGAGGGUAUUUUGGGUUCAUUUGUGAAUUAUUUACCGUUGCAUUUACUGGUGAUAAACAACGACAACAUAUACAAGAGUGAGGUUAUAAGUAACAGAACCUUUGGACUUCUGAUUAGCGUGUCCUCAAUAAUAAUCUUCAACACCAAGCUUCUGAUAAAUUAUACUCCAAACACGGGGAAUUUCACCUUUAUUAGCUUGUUGUACUAUUUUGCAUCACCGCCGCUGUAUAUAGGCUUAGUCCUAGUCUCGAGCAGGCGUUCUCUAAGGUUAUCGUCACAGCAAAUACUCAGAAUUAUACCCUUUUACAUCUUAAUUCCCAUCUGGAUCACUUUCACAGUUAUCUUAAACAUUCUGUCAAACCUGCUCCAGCUUUAUAUUCUCCCCAACCUCAUCAAACACAUCAAACUCUACAUCAUCAACAAUAACAACACCAUCAACUUUAAAAAUAUAAAGAACAUUUUCAACUUUAAGAACAUUAAUAUAAAGAAUUUGAUGCCAGUUUCGCGGCCGUUUAAGGUGAAGAAUAUCCACGGCGUUACUAGUAAAUUUGAGUGUGGAGUCACUGAGAAUAACAUAAAUAAGCUGAUAAACAUUUAUACGCUGAGGUUCAAGGAUAUACAGCUGGAGUCUGACUACAGGCUUGACAAGAACAAGAAACACUACUACGAAAACGGUCACUGGUACAAGAUAAUUUUCAUUUUACUGUUCUUGUACUAUUUGAGCAGCUUUGUUGUUGAGUACUUGAUCCAGAAGCGGUGGUUUAAGGCGCCAGUCAUCUACUGUGUAAUUCCCACAGUGCUGUUGGAAAUUGUGCUCGUAAUCUGCAUCAUCAUCUCCUUCAAUCACAGGCUCUUUAUCAGGUUUAUCAACCACAUUUUAUAUUCGCUGGUCACCUUUAUGAUCGUUCAGCAUGUGUCAAACAGGUUCUUACUCAGGUCAAUCUCCUGGCUUCACACAGUUCUCUUCCCCAUCUUCACCUUUGUCAUUCUCCGCAUACCAUUCAUCAUCUCCGUAGGACUCAACCUCAUCUUCCUCAUCAACACGUUAAUAUCGAUAAAUAGUACGAAUAUUCAUAUACUGCCGUUGUUUUUUGGGAUUAACAUAUUCGUUGGAUUUGUGGGCUAUGACUUGGAGUAUAAAUCGAGGAGUAACUUCAUAAUGGAGUUUUCGGUGUUAAAUUACAGGCAGAAGCAGAGUGAGCUUCUGAACACCAUGUUACCAAAGAUUGUCGUCUCCAAAAUGAUCAACGCUAAGCUCAACGAAAACGGAAUUCCAAUCGGUUUUGAGGCCGAGAGACAUGAAAACGUCACUGUCAUUUUCGCAGACGUUUAUAAUUUCCAGGAACUAAUUGCCACAAUUGAGCCGCACAGGCUGGUGGAAAUUCUCGACACUCUGUUUCUAUCUUUCGACCGAUGUUCGAAGGAGUUUAACGCCAUUAAAAUCGAGACGGUUUCUGAGACUUACCUCACCUCCAUGGGCCUAAACACCUCUUCAACCUCGCAAACAAAGUCCCUGGGCAUGACAGACGGCCAUGAUCACGACCAAUCGAGGAAUAAAAAGUCUGGAAGUAGCUUGGGCAGGAGAAGUAGAAGGAGUAAAGACAUUGCAAUUGACACUGCCGUAAACAAACUCGACGCCUACGUUCAAGCCGCGUCCUCAUCUCUCGACAUGUCCAUCGCCAUGCUCCAAGUCGCCACAACCAUCAAACUCAACACCAAUGAGAGUAUUGGAGUUAAGAUUGGUAUAAACAGUGGCUAUGUGAUUAGUGGGUUGGUUGGAAGUAAGAAGCCUCAGUAUGCGUUGUUUGGUGACACUGUGAACACUGCGAGUCGUAUGAAGAUGACUGGUGAGGUUGGCCGGAUUCACAUUUCUGAGAGCACCUACGAGCUUGUAAAGGGCGACAAAACUCUGGAGUUUAUUAACAGGGAGAUUGCGGUCAAGGGCAAGGGCGUGAUGAAUACGUACCUCCUAGAAAAAGCGCUGGGAACAAGUUACCCCAACUUCAGUAACUCCAACAAUAACCUCCACGAAGUUGACAUUUACUACAACAUGCUGAAUAAGAAUUACUCCGCUUCAGCAUACGGUGACGGUACUUCUUCCUCUGGUGACACUCUUGAGAACAUUCCUCUGAGCAGCAGAGAACUGAAUGUUCCUGAGGUAUCACUCACUGAUGAUGAGCUUAACAGGAUAAAGAACAGGAGAACUAACAUUAACAGAGCAGUGGGAAACGAAGAUGAUUUGUACGAUAAUUUGUACGACUAUAACACUCUGAACACCAGCUACUCCUCCAAUGUCACAGUUGGAAGUCACAAGAGAAAGUGCUUCAAAUUUAAAAGGCACUCAUCCUUCAUGAGUAAAUCAACCAGCAUGAGGCUGACACGCAAGUUCACCAGUAGACUUGGCACUAAACACUCGUCGUUUUCCAAAAACAGGUUCAGCGUACACUCGGCCAAAAACACCAGCAUAGGAAGCUCCAGCAUCGUUUCCAGCCUCUCCACACCCAAGGAAAAGAAACGCAAAUCUGAUCCCUCACACACACUCAAGGAAGAUGAGAUACAUAUGAGAAAGAACGAGAGUAUAUUAUUGAAGUUUAAUGAUAAGUUGCAAGAGGACAGAUACAGGAACAACUUUUACAACAACGUGAAUAACAUUUCGAUCAACGAAUACGCACUUUUUAUUUUCCUGAUCACCUUCAUUGUCCAGAGUAUAAUUAACGUAAAUGUACCCCGGAUAUAUGUCCAGGACAAUAAUAAGCUAAUUGUAUAUUUGAACUAUAUUCUGUAUUGGACUGUCCGAUGUUUCUUUAUCCUAAUGUCGUUCAUACUGUGGAUGCUGUUCCACUACAACUUUUUUAUACAGAACAAGGAGGAUAAUAAGAAGAUUAAGGUCUGCACCUUCUUUGUAAAUUUACUUUUCGUAUCCGCAACCUGCAUCUUCGCUCUCUCCAACUCCUGGUCAAUCAAACGCACCGAACAUGUUGAUUAUAAUUUAUGGCUGAAUAGUGACAGUGUCGAGUUUUACUUUUACUUGAUUCUGCUACACCAUAGCACCGGAAUGCUGUUUCAAAAUUGUUUACUCAUCGACUCCCUGUUCCUGGUACUCUCAAUGACCUUCAUCUCAUCCUCGGUCCAAAACAACGAAAACACCGUCACCGCACUCUUCACCAUUCCAAUCUGCGUACUAUUCAACCUACUCUCCGCACACUGCAAAGAGUCGAUUGACCGUAAGAAGUAUUAUACGAAUGAGAAGGCGUAUAUGAUUGAGACGAGGAUAAAUCAGAUUUUGAGUGAGAUGUUGCCGAAGAGUAUACUGGAGGAGUUUAAGCUGGAGAGGCUAAAGAUGUGUUACAUUCACGAGAACAUGUCAUUUCUGUUCUCUGACAUCGUUGGAUUCACGAAAUGGGCAGAGUCCGUUGACCCCUCCGAAGUCAUUGCACUGCUUCAAAAGCUGUUCGCCAAUUUCGACCGCAACACUACCAACUUUAAUCUCUACAAACUCUGCACAAUCGGCGACGCCUACGUCGCCAUCUCAGAACCCAAAGUCAUCGAUAACAAGGACAUGAGGAUCCAGGACCUCGAGAAUAUACUCCUGAUGGCCUAUUCCAUGAUACACAUCAUCGACGAAACAAGCAAAAUCUUCAGCAUACCGGAUUUGAAGAUGCGGAUUGGGUUGCAUUAUGGGAGUUGUAUUGGUGGCGUGAUUGGUUCUGGUAGGCUUAGGUACGAUGUUUGGGGCACUGACGUUUACACUGCGAAUAUGAUCGAGAGUAACGGCGUUCCCGGCGAGGUUUGUGUUUCUGAGAAGUUUCGGGACAUAAUAACACGACAUUUCCCCAACAGGUUCAAGUUCGAGCAUCACAAAGAUAUUAACAUCAUUGACAAAACCGUCAAGAGCUACAUCAUCCGGAAUAAAUCCAAGGAGGCUAUGCAAAAAUCUCCUUUUUCUCAGAUGAAUUUUGCAGAUGCCGGCAAUGUGUAGUGCGAAGGUGAGGUGGAUUUACAGCCAGUUUUUGAAACUGAGUGACGGGGAGCAAAAUUCUCUACGAUUAUUACUCGAGAGUAAGCUGAAAUUGCCCGAAGAUUCAAAAAUUAUUAAAAUCAAGACCCCAUUUCCUCAUCCCUUGUUCCUUUU